AUGGGUGAAACUGGGGAGCCCAAGGCUCUGCCUGUAGAACUGACCCUUGAAUGUGAAAUAGGUGGAAUGAAGACACAGUUCCUGUCACAAUCUGGAGCUGGUGGAACUGUGAUUCUGACUCCUGCCAUUCUGGCUUCACUGGGGUUCACUUCAGCUGGAAUAGCAGCAGGCUCCAUCGCUGCCAAACUGAUGUCAUAUUUAGCAAUCGCUAGUGGAGGUGGAGUUGUAGCAGGAGGUCUCGUAGCAACCUUGCAGUCCUGGGGUGCAGCAGGUAUGUCAUGGGCUGCCACUGCAUUAUUUGGCGGUGUUGGUGGAGCAGCGGCUUGGGUGCUCUCAACUGUGUGUAACGUGACUGUGGUUUAUGAAGAUUAACACGUAAAAAAACACAAACUGACCUACAAAUGUUUUCUCCUGUGACAAAUUUUAAUCGCCUGGAUGAAACGUUAUUCUUAUGUGUGAAUGUCGAACACUGAGAUUAAAGCAUAUUUUGAGAAUUAAGUUACAAAAAUGGUUCAUAAAAAUUUCAUUCAGAUUUUAUCCAUCAUUAAAAACAAAAACAAAAAACAACUGAUAUGGUGCCUUUAUUCUCUUCAUUAAUUCAAUGUGAAAAUUAAAAGUCAUGCAAAAAUAA